CAGAUAUCCCUUUGUUCUUAUUUUACAUGAAGGACAUGAUUCACAUUGUGAGAAUCAAGGUCAUCAUCAUGUUUUCCUCAAAAGUAUACAUCCGGUUUCUGAAGUGCAAUUUACUUCACAAUUUGAUUUUGGAACCAUUCCGUACAGGGCUUGUAUUGCUGUGGAUGAUCAUCUUUAUGUAAUUGGCGGUCAAGAGGGUGAUUUCAUGGCCAAACCUGGCUCCCCUAUCUUUAAAUGCUCACGAAGGUUCGAGGUGGUUUAUGGUGAUGUUUAUAUGCUGGAUGAAGAUAUGAAAUGGAAAGGGUUGCCUUCUAUGCCAAAGCCGAAUUCGCACAUAGAAUGUUCUUGGGUUGUUGUAAAUAAUUCUAUUGUUAUUGUUGGAGGCACAACAGAAAAGCAUCCUGUGACCAAAAGGAUGAUCUUGGUCGGAGAGGUGUUCCGAUUCGACCUGAACACACUGACAUGGUCCGUCAUCGGAAAGAUGCCAUACCGUGCGAAGACGACAUUGGCCGGGUUCUGGGAUGGAUGGUUGUAUUUCACCUCUGGACAGCGGGAUAGAGGACCAGAUAAUCCACAGCCCAGGAAAGUAGUAGGAGAUAUGUGGAGAACCAAAUUGAGAUUGUCGCACUGAUGACUGGUGUGCUACCAAUUCCUAGCGGCCAUGUCGCUUUACAAUUUUAUUGAAUGCAAGGGUACCUUCAUUCAGUACUAAAAGGAAAUGUUAGGUUUGUUGGUUA